AUGGCGCGUGUAUAUGCGGAUGUCAAUCAGAACAUGCCACGUUCCUACUGGGACUAUGACAGUGUCAAUAUCAGCUGGGGCGUUCUGGAGAACUACGAGGUCGUCAGGAAGAUCGGCCGUGGAAAGUACUCUGAAGUAUUUGAGGGCAUCAACGUCGUCAACUACCAGAAGUGCGUCAUCAAGGUGCUGAAGCCUGUUAAGAAGAAGAAGAUCAAGCGCGAGAUCAAGAUCCUGCAAAACUUGUCUGGGGGUCCCAACAUUGUCGCGCUGCUGGACGUUGUGCGCGACUCGCAGAGCAAGACACCGUCGCUCGUCUUUGAGUGCGUCAACAAUACGGAUUUUCGGUCGCUCUAUCCCAAGUUUACCGAUAUUGAUGUGCGCUUCUACAUUUUGGAGCUGCUAAAGGCGCUGGACUUUUGCCACAGCAAGGGCAUCAUGCAUCGCGACGUGAAGCCACACAACGUCAUGAUCGACCACGAGAACAGAAAGAACAAGCUGCGCCUAAUCGACUGGGGCCUGGCCGAGUUUUACCACCAAGGCACCGAAUACAAUGUGCGUGUCGCGUCGCGUUAUUUCAAGGGACCCGAGCUGCUGGUCGACUUUCAGGAGUAUGACUACAGCCUCGACAUGUGGAGCCUGGGCGCCAUGUUCGCGUCCAUGAUCUUCCGCAAGGAGCCCUUCUUUCACGGAAAUUCCAACUCGGACCAGCUCGUCAAGAUCGCCAAGGUACUCGGCACCGACGAUCUGUUUGACUACCUGGACAAGUACGAGAUUGAGCUUGACGCGCAAUACGACGACAUCCUCGGCCGCUUCCAGAAGAAGCCUUGGCACAGCUUUGUCAACGUGGAGAACCAGCGAUUUGUCAGCAAUGAUGCAAUCGACUUUCUUGACAAGCUGCUGCGUUACGACCAUGCUGAGCGGCUGACUGCUCAAGAAGCAAUGGUACACCCCUACUUUGAUCCAGUCCGGGAAGAGGGUACGAGGCAACGGUUGCUUCUGAACCCGCCCACGAUUGCAGCGCAGUCUUGA